CUUGAGCUAAAGAAUACAUACUGAUAUCUUGAGCCGAAGAAUAAUAUUUAUCUGAAAAUGGGUAUUAUGAUCAAAGACUUGAUUGAAUCAACUGAUCUCAUUUCUCUUUCUUCCAAACAUGCACUCUCUGCAAAAGCUGACGAUUUCACUCUGUUAGCUGAAGAAGAAGUAGAACAAGUGACUCUACCAGUCAUUGAUUUCUCGCUCCUCACUACCGGUUCCACUGACCAAAGGUCUAAAAUUAUCGAAGGCCUUCGAACUGCAUGUCUGCAUUGGGGAUUCUUCAUGGUGACUAACCAUGGAGUUCCAGAGGGUUUGAAAGAGGAAUUGAUCAAAUCUUGUAUGAAUUUCUUCGACUUAAGUCCGGAAGAAAAGUCUGUUUAUGAUGUCGAGAACGCUGUAGACCCGUGCAUUUUGGACCCAAUUCUAUGUGGAACCAACUUUAACCCUGCUUCUGAGAGUGUCUCCUUUUGGAGGGAUUAUCUUAGAGUCUUAGUGCAUCCAGUGUUUCAUUCCCCUCCUAAACCAGAGGGUUUGAGUGAGGUGCUAAGUGAGUACAGCAAAAGAUCAAGAGAUAUAACCAAAGAAUUGCUUAAGGCGAUAAUGGAGGGUCUAGAACUAGAGGAAGAUGACAUUGAAAAGUCACUAGAACUGAAAUCUGGUGUUCAAAAGUUUUCUGCAAAUUUGUAUCCUCCUUGCCCACAGCCAAAGCUUGCUAUUGGUUUACCCCCACAUGCGGAUCACGGUCUUCUAACCUUGCUCAUGCAGAAUGACGUCGGUGGACUACAAAUCAAGAACAAAGGGAAAUGGGUUGCUGUGAAUGCAAUUCCCAACUCUAUCAUGGUUAACAUCGGUGAUCAUAUGGAGGUACUGAGCAACGGGAAGUACAAAACCGUGGUUCAUCGAGCUGUAGUGAACAAUAAGGAGACAAGGAUUUCCUUGGUUAUGACCAAUGGACCACCAACAAAGACUGCUAUAUCUUAAGUAAUAUUGUCAACAAGGCAACCGCAACAUACCUCUUGGAAAACUAUCACCACUUGUGGAUGAUGGAUUCUUGCAAUUACUUGUAUGGUUUUCCAAGUCGAUUAUGUAAAGCAUGGAUAGUAUGUAUAAUUAAUAUAAUGUGUGGUUUGCGAAGUCAAUUAUGAUUAGCAUGGCCUGCAUAACUAUUGUGUGGUUUGCUUGGUUUGAUUGUGUGCUUUGUCAAUCGACCAAAAAAUAAAUGCGUGCUCUGUAACGUGUGACUGUUUUUAUGUGAACUAUCUAGUAGUAUUAAGUAUGACUGUACGAGUA